AUGGCCCAACUGAAAUUCAAAACAUGCCAUGUGUUUUAUUACAUAGAGCCCAUGAUUGUGGACUUUGAGAAAGUUGGAAAAUUGAAAAGAAAGAAAUUCAAUGCAUAUCGAUGUGAAGGAUCCUGCCCAAUUCCUCUUGAUGAGAACUUCAAGCCAACAAACAUGCCUACAUUAAGGUGGGACGCCGAUUCCACCAUUGCUGUGCACCAGGGAUUAUCUUCAAUUCAAGGCCAGGGUGUGCGAGUGCAACUCGCUAAUUUUAAAAUUCAUGUCAAACAUCUAACAUUUGUUUUCUAUUGUUUGCCAGGAUGCACCAAAGUGGAUAACCACUGGACAUUAUCUUUCGAAAUGUGUUCAGUCUCCAUUUGCAGUGAGUUAAGGCUGCCUGAGCUGAGAAUUCACCUGCCUUCUUUCCAGAGGUUCCAGACUGUGACACUAGAUAUCUACCACACCAAGGGAAAUCUGGAGAGGAUCUUUCUAGGGUCAGUUACCAUAGACUUCCAUGUUACUCCAGGCUUCCCAUGGAAAGUAUUUAAUGUGACACAGAUGCUUCAUCACUACUUCUACCAGAAAGGAUAUGGUUAUGAAUACACAGAGUCAACUUCACAAGAACAGGUUAGCUGCAAUAGUCUCUUAGCUGAAAGAAUCAUCUUGGUGGUAUUUUCUACAGAUAAACCCAGAAAACUCACUGGUGACUCCAGUCUUAUUGAAACAGUGGAGUCCUCAAAGUAUGUGGUAACAGAAGCAGACAGCAGAGAAACAGGCAAGAGGAGGCACAGACGGAAUCGUUAUACCCUGAACAGCAUCAUAAGAAGCAGCUUUCAGUCUCAGCCUGUGGGAGAUGGUAAAACCCUGUGCAGGAGAGUAGACAUGAUUGUGGACUUUGAGAAAAUUGGUUGGGGUGACCUUAUUAUAUACCCCAAGAAAUUCAAUGCUUAUCGAUGUGAUGGUUCCUGCCCAAUUCCACUCAACAAGGUCUUCAAGCCAACAAACCAUGCCUAUAUUAAGAGUUUGGUGAACCUCUUUGAUCCUGAAAGAGUAGAAUGUCCAUCAUGUGUACCACUGAAGAUGAGGCCCCUGUCACUGCUCAUGUAUGAAGGGGAUGAAAUUGUUCUAAAACACCAUGAAGACAUGAUUGUAGAGGAAUGUGGAUGUUAUUAAAGAAAAGCAAACAGUUGGGAAGGAAGAGACUUCUACAAAAAUGCAAAACCUCACACAGUAUGAGUGUAAGGGAACCUUACCCUGG